AUGCUGCCGCGGGUGCGCGCAGCCGUGGCGCAGCUGGUGGCGGGGCUGGGCGCGGAGCCCCGGAGCGGCGAGCCCGGGGGACCGGAGCCCUGCGGCCGGUCCCGGUCGGAGCCUUGCGGGCGGUCCCGGUCGGAGCCGUGUUACCGGCCCGCCUUCCUCCAGCUGAGCCCCGCGGAGCUGCGCCGUGCCCAGGACCACGCUGGCCGGGCUGUGCAGAGCCCCCGCGACGGCCGCUGCCGCCUGCCUUGGAGCACGGGUUAUGCCGAGGUGAUUAAUGCAGGAAAGAGCCAGCACAACGAGGACCAGGCAUGCUGCGAGGUGGUGUUUGUGGAGAGAAGGCCCAGCCCCAGGGGCCGGCUGCUGUCCAAGGAAGGCUGUGGGGAGCUGACUGGGAGCAGGAAGGGGUUUUAUUUCCACUACUGGGCCUUAUUCGAUGGCCAUGCGGGCAGUGGUGCUGCUGUCAUGGCAUCUGAGAGGCUCCAUCUGCACAUCUGCGAGCAGCUCCGGGACCUCGUGGACAUCCUGCAGGAUCCAUCCCCACCUCCCAUCUGCCUCCCACAUGGCCCUGUGGAGUUAAGUCAGGUGCCCCUCACAGAGGACGAUGGGGAGGUCCCCAGUGAUGCUGUGCCACGGUUUCACCUGGAGAAAGCUGUCUCCCAUGAGAGCCUGGUGAUUGGUGCCAUUGAGAAUGCCUUUAAGCACAUGGACGACCAGAUCGAGCAGGAGCAAGUGUCCCAGCGCCUGGCUGGGGGCUGCUGUGCCCUGGCUGCCGUCUACCUCAUGGGCAAGUUCUACGUGGCCAACGCUGGUGACAGCAGGGCCAUUAUCAUCCGUAACGGGGAAAUCAUUCCAAUGUCCAGGGAGUUUACUCCAGAGACAGAGAGGCAGAGGCUGCAGUUUUUAGCAUUCCUGAGGCCUGAGCUGCUGGGGAAGGAGUUCACCCACCUCGAGUUCCCCCGCAGGAUCCAACCCAAGGAGCUGGGGAGGAAGAUACUGUACAGAGACCAGGACAUGAAUGGCUGGGCUUACAAAAAGAUAGAAGAGGAUGACCUGAAGUUUCCACUUAUCUAUGGGGAAGGAAAAAAGGCUCGGGUGCUGGCCACAAUUGGGGUGACGCGGGGUCUGGGAGACCAUGACCUCAAGGUGUUCAGCUCCAACAUCCACAUCAAGCCUUUCCUGUCCUGCUUCCCAGAGGUCAGGGUUUACGACCUCACGCAGUACGAGCACUGCCCUGAUGAUGUUCUGGUCCUGGGCACCGACGGGCUCUGGGAUGUCACCAAUGACAAGGAGGUGGCUGGUGUGGUGAUGGAGGUGCUGACGAGCUAUGAGCCCAAUGACCCAUGCAGGUACACCAUGGCAGCCCAGGAGCUGGUGGUGCGGUCCAGGGGGGUGCUGAAGGAGCGGGGCUGGCGGCUGGCUAACGACAAACUGGGCUCCGGCGAUGACAUCUCUGUCUUUGUGAUCCCUCUGGGCGGCCCUGGCAACUACACGUGAUGCUCAAUGAACCCAGGGCAGCGUGGAUGGAGAUGAGCAGGACACUGGUGCUGCCUUGGGGCCACCUCUCCCCCAAGCACUUGUUUCCUGAGCCAAGUGUGAGAAGAGUAAGAAACCUGGAGCCUCUGUCUGUGCCCCUGCUCAGAGCAUCCCUCUCCCCCUGUGUGAGCACAGCCCUGGCUGAGAUGGAAGGGCCUUGGACAGAGGCUGAGACUGCUGUGGAGGAAUGGUUUUUGUGCUGCUACUUUCUUGGUUGCUGUGAAGAGCCAGAAGGCUCCCUGGCUUCUCAGGGCAUCCUUUGCACCUCACCCUGGGUGCGCUGGUUCCAGCAGUGUGCAGUGGUCCUUGGGCUGGUGGAG